GACGUUAUAUUUUAUUCAGUGACAUUAGUAUACUGUGAAUCAUAUACUAUUAUGUUGACAGAAGAUGUGAUGGUUCAAAUAGAAUGUGUACCACGAUCACAUAACUUAGUUGCUCAAGUUGAGGGGAUUAAAGACGCUACUCCACAGACCUCGAUAUUAUUUUCUGAAAUAAUUACUCAGACUAACUUUAAUACGCCUGAAACGCAAACAGACAAAUUCGAUUUGAUAAAUUGUGGAACACAAACUGUUCUAUUGUCAGAUGAUAUAAUUUCAAAAAUACAAUCCAUGGCAAAACCUCAUAAGUCAAAUUCAUUAUCCAAAAGUUAUACGAACAGCACUGGUUCACAGUGUUGCAUCUUGUCUAUUCCAAAUGAUCUUCAUUUGGACAUUUUGAAAGCAUUGUCUUUGGAAGCAAGAUGGUAUUGUGAAUGGAUAUCAUGAAACUCAAUUCGAUAACAGACCAAAAUUAUAUACGUUAGAAAAUAUGUCUCAAAUGAAAUUGGCGAAUAAUUAUAAUUAUAACAUGAGAGUACUGUACUCCCGAAAAGAUUAUUUUUGCAUGACAAAAGUUGUAGAUAAACAUAUCACAACGUCUAUGGAAAAUAAAAUGACUAAAUAUUAUAGACAGACUGAUAUUCAAAAUUGCAAUUACAAAUCACGAAAAAAUAAACUUUGUGCAACUAAAUAUGGAGAUCGUUGGUGCUAUAGAGGAAUUUGUAGUACUAUUGAAGAUAAUGUGAACGGGGGAGAGAAUUAUGUAAUUAAUUUACUAGAUUGGAGAGUAUCAGUUACUGUGAAAGCUGGUAAAAUUACGUAGAUGGAGAUGUGUUUUAUGAAACAUCCACCUUUGACAGUUAAACGUACCAUAUUAGAUAUCAAAGACAGUAUUAAUUUGUUUGUUCAAAAAUUAUCAAUUUAUUUUUAUUUAGAUUUCAAGUUAUCAAAUGCACAUCAAAAAAAUAUUC